UAUGAAUUUAAUGUUUCAAGAAAAAAAGGGAACCAAAAAGAAGCAAGACCUCUAGAAUCGAAGAACAUGGACGAGGCAAGCAAUGAGAACCUAAAUGAUCUCCCAGAGGAGCUCCUCCUCCGCAUCCUCACCUUCCUCCCCACAUUAGACUCCAUCCAAACCUCUCUCAUAUCCCAGAAAUGGCGACCCAUCUGGUCUCGUGUUCCCUCCUUGAACUUCCCCUUCGAACUCUUUCCUUCAUACGAGCCACCGUUGGAUACCCGCCAAUUCUUCGCCGAGUUCAUCGAUCGCGUUCUCAUUCUUCGCUCCAAUUCUCCCAUCCACACUUUCCGCCUCUCCUUCAUCUACCAUGAUCACUACGGCUCCCAUGUCGACUCUUGGGUUCGCUCCGCCAUAACCCACCUCCACGCUCGUGAGCUCCAUCUUGACUUCUUCAUCCACAAAGAUUUUCAUGACGAGGACACAUUUAAUCACCGGUAUGAUUUCCCUUUCUCUGUUUUGAGAAUUGGGUUUGUUGAAAAAUUGGGCCUUACGGGAUGUGAUCUUACAUUGCCGGCUAAAAUGUCCACUAUGCGUCUUUGCUCGAUUGGGUCCGUGUUUCUCGAUCGGGUUUAUUUGACGGACCAGAUAAUGAGUGAUUUGAUUUUGGGUUGCCCCAAUUUGGAGGCUUUGGAGCUUCAGAACUGUUGGGGGCAUCAUCAUUUGAAGAUAUGUAGCACAAGGCUUAAGAAGCUGGUACUUGGGUAUUUUUAUGAUUCUGAAAUCCAAGAGACGCUUGUGAUUGAUUGCCCAAACCUCUUCUCGAUCAGUUUUGAUUGCUGUGCAUUUGACAAGUUUAUACUUAAGAAUGCGUCGUCCCUGGUUGAGUUUCAUGUUGAUAUUGUGCACUUAAUCGAUGGGUCCUAUUGUUAUUGGAGCAAGGUUGUGAGGCUACUCUUACAAGCACCUAAUGUUAAGCAUCUUAAUGUGCAAAAUUGGUGGUUUAAGUUUCUGACAUCAAAGGAGGAUUCUUUCCCCAAAAGUUUUAUGCUCUACAAUCUCAACCUCUUAGAGCUGCGAACAGGAUUUACCCAAUAUGAUCUGGUUGGCAUGGCUGCACUGCUUAAACUUUGUCCCAAUCUCGAGACAAUGAUUCUAGAAUACCUUUUCAAGACAAGGGCAGAUGAGAGUUUAUCAGAAGAGUCGCUAAAUAAACCAGUUGAAUUGAGCAUGCCAAGUCUUAAGCAAGUUACAAUGAACGCAUAUACCGGAACAGAAGAUGAAUUCAAUUUUAUGAAAAUGUUGAUUGGGCAAGGAGUUGUCCUAGAAAAGAUUGUGUUUGUUCCCGUCCAAGUUGAGAACAGAAAAGUUGUUGAGAGGUCACUUCCUCCAGUGGUUCUAUAUAGAAAGGGUUCACAAGGUUGGAAGUGCUCACCGGACCUCUCCUUCUCAGUACUGAGAAUUAUAGAGUCUGAGCUAAAUGGGGAUUAGGGUUUAAAAUUGCAUGGGGAAUCCAUUGGCUCAUCCAAGGUUUCUUGUUUUUCUGAAACUGGGUUUAAAAUUAGAUGAUUAUUACGAAUAUCAAUAUUAUGUUUGGAUUUUGUUUACGGAUCAUCAUCCGU